AUGAUGCAGAAGCUGACCAAGAAGGAAAUAGAGGUGGUGGCUAUGAUUAUGAGGGGAUUAUGGCUAAGAAGAAAUCAGUUUGUUUUAGCAAGAGAUGAAAUAAGGAAUUUUCAGGCAGCUCAGAAUAUGGAUUUAAACAAGGCAUCAAGCAACCCUGUAGAUAAGCAACAAAGGUGGAAGACUCCAAGUGAGGGCUAUGUAAAGGCUAAUUGGGAUGCAACUCUCAACCUAAAACAAAGAAAGAUGGGGAUAGGAGUAGUGAUAAGGGAUGAAUGGGGAGAAGUUCUAACAGCCUGUUGUGAUCAGAAGAAGUAUGUGCAGCAACUAGCUAUAGCAGAAUGUAUGGCCCUCUGGAAAGCUAUGGAACUAGGCAGAGAUCUUGGUUUCAAUAGAGAGGUCUUCAAAGGUGAUGCAUAUACUAUUGUGAAGGCUGUAAAUGAGGAGAGUGAGGACUACCCUGCUUAUGGAAGCAUAGUCCAAGAUGCAAAACAGAUGUUGCAAUAG